AUGUCUAUGGCGUCGCCACCGAGGACAUCGAGUUGGGCACAAGAUUUUGCAUCAUUCUCUAGGGCACCGCCAGGUGCUGGAAACUACACAACAGGGUUUUCUUCUUCGCAAUAUCCAGCGCCUGUAGCCGGAUUUACGCAGAAUAUGAUGGGGUCGCAUUUAAGACCUUGGUUAUUCGGGCCCCAAGGCGGUUCUGUAACCGCCACAAAUCACGGAGUUACAAACACCGAAGCUGACUUUGAUGUUGAGAUGAAUCGGUGGAUGGCGGCCAACGGAGACGGACAGAUGGAGGACCUCGACACUGUUAUGGAACAACUCGCGCGAGAACUGGAACAAGAGCAGCAACCAGAGGCCGCUACACAAGCAUCCAGAGAUACCACCGGCAGCUCUGUGGAUACUUUCACGACCUCUCUAGAUGUUUCUGUCCAAGAUGAAGCACAAGGAAUACAAACAUUCGAUGCUACAGCUUCAACAAACCAACAAAUACCCGGCGCAUCCUCGGUCCUUGGGAUUGAUGCCAUCGGAGUAUCAAAAAGAGCGAGUUUUCCAGACCACAUGCCUGACUUGGAACGUCUAGGGCUCGACGAAGCGGAGCAAGCAUCUGCAGAACAUGUCCAGUCAACAUCUGACAUUUCGGAGGCAGCGAGACAGAUACUUGACUCGGUUCAACAUGAACAAGGAGACAAAUGGAAGAAUUCUCGGUUCUUAUCACUGAUGAAAGACUUUCGGGAUGGAAACAAAGACAUCGUCAACAACGAAAUUCUCGAAACCAAAGUUGGCGGCGAGCGAAUCGGCCGGAAUUGA